AUGUCUACCCCAUUCGAAUCGCAAGUCCUCGAAGCCAACGCCAAGUACGCCAGCACCUAUAAGCACAGCGGUCUUGAAUGCCCUCCUCUGAAGAAAGCAGUUCUUGUCACAUGCAUGGAUUGUCGUCUUGAUCCUAAAUCUGCCUAUGGCUUCGAUCUAGGCGAGGUUACCACCAUCCGCAAUGCAGGCGCCUCAGGUCGCGAUGCAGCGCGCUCCGCACUUCUUACGACUCAUGUUCUGGGUGCUGAGGAGGUUCUUCUUAUCAAGCAUACUAGAUGCGGGCUGCUUGGUGUUCCAUCUGAGGUUGUGCAUGAUAUCAUGAUGAAGAAUUUGGGAUUGACGGAUUCCAAGGAUGUGGAUAAUUUUGAGGUCCUUACUUUUCAUGAUUUGGAAGCGUCUACCCGAGAGGAGGUGGAGUAUCUUCGAAAUCAUCCUCUUGCUCUCAGCAAGGUGCGAGUGACUGGUUGGAUUCACGACACUGAUACAGGACUUCUUAAGAAAGUGGUGGCAUAG